CGAUAAGUCUAUUAUAAGUUACUCUCGGACAUCAACAUACCGUCAGCUGGUGUGGCUUCAGAUGAGAAUGCACAGAUUCCAAUCGAGAUCGCAGUCUUGAGUAACCAUGUGCAAGAGGCCAAUGGCUAUGCGCAUAAUCUUCAAGUUGCCGAUUUCGACGGUACCUCGAUGAGCUUCAAUGGGAGCCCCUUCACACCCACCCAUGAUAGUCAUCAUCAUGCUGUCGGUACGCAACCACAGGCAAAGCCAUUGAGUUCCCUUGUCUACGACGGACAACCUGCAUCUUCAUCUCCUCCCUACUUCUAUAGCAUGGGACAUUUGAUGGCGAAUACGAUGUUCCAACCCUACUCGAACCAUUGGGGUCACAACAUGGCAAUGGGAAGUCCUCAAGCUUUCCAGAACCAGGCAUAUCCUAUGAACUUCAUCCCGUUGCCCAUUCAAGAACAGAAUUCCUGGGCCCAGGACCCCACACAGAUGAUGCAGUCCCAAAUGACGGCGAACUUCGCGCCAAUUCCUCUUACCACGCAGUUCGUCCAACGCAUGCCCUGUUCAUGGCCAUCCUGCACGGAAUCCUUCACUCGACCCAGUGACCGCCAGCGUCACAUCGAGGCUGUCCAUCUCGGGAUCAAAUACCAUUGCUUCUGGAUUGGAUGCCCCAACAAUGGUGGGAAGGGAUAUUGCCGUGCCGAGAAGUUGAAAACUCAUCAGAGACAGAAGCAUGGCUCUGCUUGAUUGGAUUGGAUGUCGCAUGAGCCUGAUGGAGC